AUGACCCAAACGGCCCCGAAAAUCGACGCAUCCAAGACAGCCGUCCUGAUAAUGGACUUCCAGCAGCGCAUUGUGAAUAACGUGGCGUCGGAACCGGAGGCAGUGGUUCGAAACGCCGCCCGCGCCCUGGAAGGUGCCCGUGCCGCUGGCAUCCCGGUCAUUUACGUGGUUCACCGGGGUGGGCCGUUCGCCGAGUACGCUCCCGACGUGGAACUGCACGGGGGCGUGGCGCCGGCGGAAGGCGAGUUAAUCAUCACCAAGACCAAGCCCGGACCCUUCUCGACCACCGCUCUGGACGUCGGUCUGCGGGAGAUGGGAAGGGACAAUCUGGUUGUGAUGGGCGUGGCCACCAGCGGUUGUGUUCUCUCCUGCGUCCGGUGGGCGGUCGAUGUGAACUACAGUUUUGUCGUGGUCGCCGACGCAUGCUCGGAUGCGGACCCGGAGGUCCAUCGUGUAUUGACCGAGAAGGUGUAUCCGCGUCAGGGAACCGUCAUCAGCACUGACGAGUUCCUGGCGGCCAUAACAUAG